AAAGGUUUUAAAAUAUUAAUCAUCUACUUAUCUGGUCAAAAAUGGAGGACUCUGGUUAUUUAACUAUAUUCCCCAUGAGGCACUCAAAGACUUAGUUCAUUUUAAAUAAAGCGCUUUGAGAUAUCCCUGAUAAUGUAAAUUGAAACUUUACCUGCCCCAGGUGGUUUUUGUUUGUUUUUUGUUUUUGUUUUGCUUUUUGCUUGUUUGUUUUUUGAAUACUGUGUGCCUACCAAUGCCAGAUAUUAAGACUCCUUUGGAAGAAGAUAAUCUUGUUGGACAGAAGGGAGUGGUAGAAUGAGAAAUUUAGAAAAGAACAUGUUUACAAAAGAAGCAUUAGCUUUGGCUUGGCAAUAUUUUUUACCGCCCUACACCUUCCAGAUCAGAGUUGGUGCUUUGUAUCUGCUGUAUGGAUUAUAUAACACCCAACUGUGUCAACCAAAACAAAAGAUUAGAGUUGCCCUGAAAGAUUGGGAUGAAGUCUUAAAAUUUCAGCAAGAUUUGAUAAAUGCACAACAUUUUGAUGCAGCUUAUAUUUUUAGGAAACUACGACUAGACAAAGCAUUUCACUUUACAGCAAUGCCCAAAUUGCUAUCAUAUAGAAUGAAGAAGAAAAUUCAACGAGCUGAAGUUACAGAAGAAUUUAAGGACCCAAAUGAUCGUGUAAUGAAACUUAUCACUUCUGAUGUGUUAGAGGAAAUGCUGAAUGUUCACGAUCAUUAUCAGAACAUGAAACAUAUAAUUUCAGGUGAUAAAUCCAAUCCAGACAAAGCCCUCAGCUUGAUAAAGGAUGAUUUUUUUGACAAUAUUAAGAACAUAGUUUUAGAGCAUCAGCAGUGGCACAAAGACAGAAAGAAUCCAUCCUUAAAAUCAAAAGUUAAAGAUGGAGAAGAAAAGAGAGAAGGAAAUUCACAAGAAUCAGAGAGAUGUGAAAGGGCAGAAUCCUUAGCGAGAAUAAAAUCAAAGGCCUUUUCAGUUGUUGUUCAGGCAUCCAAGUCAAGAAGGCACCGUCAAGUCAAACUUGACUCUUCUGACUCUGAUUCUGCAUCUGGUCAAGGACAGAUCAAAGCAACUAGGAAAAAAAGAAAUAAAGAAACAUUGAAAUCAGCAGGAAGGAAGAUGUCUUCCAAAAACAGAGAUGACGUGCAGAAUGUACAUAAAGAAGAUAAAUCUUUAAGGCUGAGUAUGCCUGUAAUUACAGAAGAAGAAGAGGACAAUGAAAGUUUUAGUGAAACAGAGUUCACGGCACCCAAGAGGAAAAGAAAAUCCAGAACAAAGAACCUGGUGUAGAGUUCUUAAUUUUGACCUUUCUGAAAGAAGAAAAGAUUAUAUUUUUUGUAUAUUGAACAGGAAGACGGUCAGUAUUAAAAAUAAUUCUUCUGGGAAACUGUAGGUUAUUUCUUUGAAAUGACAAUAUCUUAACAUAGUUCUAUACUAAAGGAACAAAAAAUUAGAAAUAAAAAUUUACUUCAGAAUUUAAUUUUACCAUUUCUGUUUAUGAAGUCUGCAUAAAUGGAAAUAAAGUUUGGAUUUAGAAUGUAAAAGAAAUAAUCCUGUUAUUUGCAGAUUAUUACUGUUUCUGAAAACUUUUUGUGAUGUUUUAUUACUACAGUUCUGAUAAUAUUAACUAUUUAAAAUACUUGUUCUUGAAAUAGUAAUGUUUAUUACAUGCAAGUGGUUAAUUAUAUUUAUAGUCUGGUAAUGGAUUUGUUUAUGAUGUGUAUUAACUAUUCUAUAUAUUGUAUGGUUGAGUGCAAUACAAUUUUUGCCUUAUUUGCUUUAUUUUUAAACCUAUGAAACUUCUGUGGUCCGUAACUUAAAUGAUUGAUAAUUUAGGAAGCUCAGUUUCUACUUCUGCAAUCAAUUAAAUAUUGUCUGGUGCUUGUUUCAAAGCUCCCUUUGGCCUAACAUUUAUGAAUGUAUGUAUGUUUGUUUGUGUAUAUAUAGAUACAUGUAGGCAUGUGUCCAUAUGUACACAUAUGAUUAGUUCAGUACAUUAUUUAAAUACAUUUAAAUACUAAUUAUUUCUGACAAAACCUUUAAGAGUGGUAAUGUGAAUUCUAGAAUGUGUCGUACAUACAGAAAAAAAUGUCUAUAGCUUUGUGGAUGUGCAUCUGUUUAAUUUCUCAUUUAAGACCUUUAAAUGGAGAUCACUUAAGUUAUGUUGUUUGAAUUGCUGCCAUUAGCAGACCAUCUCCAGACCAUGUAGUUGGCUCUGCCUGUCUUAUAGUUGAUUAUACUCCAUGUUGUCUUCUAGCAUUGUAAAUUCAGGAAUUUUGCAAAUGUCCUGUGAGUGAAAAUGUGUGAUAUCUGUCAUCUUUUAAAAUCAAAAUACUAAUGCUAGCCCAAAUAAACUUUUAUAAGAA